CUCUGGGAGGAUGGUGAAAUGGGCAAUGAUGUUAACUCAAUUCAACAUUGAGUACCGGCCAAGGUCAGCAACCAAAGGAUAAGCCCUUGAAGACUUCCUGGUAGAAAUGACCGGUCUGACUCCAGACCUACCGGUCAACAAACCCACUGAGCAGUGGUGGGAGAUGGCAGUAGACGGGGCAUCUGGUCCUAAAGGGUACGGGGGUGGUAUAGUGUUUACCACCCCAGAAGGGUUCAAGAUCUACCAUGCACUCGUCUUCAACUUCAAGCUGACGAACAACGAGGCAAAAUAUGAAGCUCUGGCUGGAGGGCUCAGACUUGCCCAAGCUCUUAAAAUCAGCCGGGUCAGUAUCAAAUCUGACUCUAGUUUGAUUGUUGGGCAAGUGACCGGUAAUAUGGAAGCAAGGGAAGGACGAAUGGCGCAAUACAAGGACCUGGUACUUGCCUUGUUAAAAAGCUUCGAGGAAUUCAAGAUCGCCCAAAUUCCCCGGGCGGAAAAUGCAGAUGCAAACCUCCUCUCCAAAUUGAUGCAGUAUGCUCCCGAGCAUGUUUCAAAACUUGCCCGGGUGGAAAUCCUGGAUCGAGCCAGCGUCGAAAAAUUGGAAGUCGCCACUAUAACAGCUGAAGGACAAUCUGACCGGUCAAACCUGGUCGGGGAAGACGACCAUUGGAUGUUCGAUCUGAUGGAAUAUUUGAUGGAUGGAAGCCUUCUAGAGCAAGAUGACCGGGCAAGAAAAGUGAAGCUCAGGGCACCCCGGUUCCAAGUCCUUGAUGGGAAGUUGUACAAGAGGGCGUUCGGGGGACCCCUCCUAAGGUGCCUAACUAACCCGGAAGCCGAAAGAGUCAUAGCUGAGGUCCAUGAAGGGAAACGGUUGGGAGAAGCAGGAAACAAGUGGCUUGAGGAACUUCCGCACAUCAUAUGGGCAUUCCGAGUAACACCUAGGAGGGCUCAUGGGGAAUUUCCGUUCUCCCUAACCUAUGGGUGUGAAGCAAGGCUGCCCAUCGAAGCUAAAUUCCCAACUUUCCGGGAAUCAAAUUAUCAACCACAACAAAAUGAAGAAGACCACUUGGCCGAGCUCAACUUAGUCGAAGAACGAAGAAUGGCCGCGGAAGUUAAAAUGAGCACAUAUCAACAAGUCGUGAAGAAGUACCAUGACAACAAGGUUGGACCGCGUUACUUCCAAGCCGGAGAUGAAGUCCUGCGAAAACGAGAGGCUAGCAGACCAUGUGACGGAGGAAAAUUGGCCAAGAACUGGGAAGGACCUUACCGGGUGAAAGCAAUCAUUCGCCCGGGGACCUACUGGUUAGAAACUUUGGAUGGUGUACCGGUAGAGAGAACUUGGAAUUCUUAUCAUUUGAGAAAAUUCUACAAGUGAUUGUAACACUAGGCGAGGCCUACUUUUAUUAUCAAUCAAAUUGAUGACAUUCAACAUUCUACAUGGCAGCAACAAAAAUGAUAGGUCGAACCUAUCCUAGGAGGGCUUCCCGAGUGGAUCGAAUCCACUUGGAUAAGCCAACUGAGACACAGGCCCCUGGCACGCUGGUUACUACACCGGUCUUGCUCAGUAUAAUAGAAAAAAUAUUAAAACCCGGA